AUUUGUUGGCCAGACAUAGUCUUGCCAAGUGUAAGCGUUUCUAUAUCACUAUCAGUCUACUUGCAGCCUUAUGUCAUUAGCAAAUUGUGGCAAGAUACGUGACGAUAUUGAGGAGGAUGCCUUCCGAGGUCUAUGUGCCAUGGUUAGAGCAAACCCAUCAGGGGCUUCGAGUUCACUUGUUUUCAUGUGCAAAGCUAUUGCAAGUUGGCAUGAAAUAAGGAGUGAAGAACUACACAACGAAGUUUGCCAGGUUCAAGAUGUGGCAGGAGUUGAACUAUGCGGGACCUUGAAAAAUGUUGUGGCAUUUGCAGCAGGUUUUGUGGAUGGUUUGGAGAUGCGAAAUAACACAAAGGCUGCAAUAAUGAGAAUUGGUUUGAGAGAAAUGAAGGCCUUUUCCAAGUUGCUGUUCUCAUCUGUCAAGGAUAGCACCUUUUUCGAAAGCUGUGGUGUGGUUGACCUUAUAACAACUUGCUGGGGAAGAAACAGGAAAUGUGCGGAGGCUUUUGCUAGGAAUGGCAAGAAACGGUCUUUUGAUGGUUUGAAGAAGAGAUGUUGCAGGGCCAGAAAUUACAGGUACAUACAAAAAGACUACUUUAGUGAAGAGCAGCACUGCUAUUAGUUAAAGAAUAAAUAAAUAAUAGCAGACUGCUAGGGUUAAUGUCUUGUGCUUGAAUUCUUAUCAAAGUAAAUGUGUACAAAGAGGGUUUAUGAGAUGAUUGAAAGACUUCUAGCUGAAAACGAAAUUGUUUUGAAAAAUGUGCACAUUCAGAAUCUUGAAAAACAAGCUUGAACUACCUGCUUGUGUUGACAAUUUGUGUGUUGUUUAAUUUUGAGCAAGAAGACCAAACGGCUUGGUGAUGUUUUUCCUAGCACAGGCCGAAUUAUUCCCUAGUUUUCAUUGAAGCUUGAAGCUAAUUUAUUGUAAUCUUCAAGGCUGCCCCUGGAUUGACUGUCACAACGACAUUUGGUUUGGAUUGAAGGUCGAAACUGAUGAUUGCAACUUAGAUAUGGUGUACAUGGUUGUGAUUUUUCAAGCAUUUUCCGUGAGUUUUUUUCCCUUAUCCAGGUUUUGAAUUUAAAAAGAGUUUACUACAUCUCAUUCAAGAUCUAGAUUUAUAUUUUUCCUAGCUUGGCUAGAGUCUGGUAUACACCUUAUUGGCAAAUAGAUUUCAGUCUGUGAUUUCCAUAGAUUUUGUUGAAGAGGUCAAAAUGUUGAUUAUUAUAAUUUGUUUUCCUUUAUAUUUCACAUUUGGGCAUGGGGAUCGUUAUUGCCAUUUGGAGGUGGAGCGGAAUUUUUGUUAUCACUGAAAUCUCAUUUUGCUAUAAUAUUUUUUGGCUUUCCUGGGUGUAUCAUUGUAUUGUUUGCUGUCUUUCUUAUUUAUUUAUUUUUAUUAUUAUUUUGCCAAUUUACAUAUCAGUGCACAUUUAUUCUUGUACUGAUUUAGAGGGUGACUGGACACUGUACAGAAAUGGAACUUCUCUGUUUUAUUUUUAUUUUUUUGUUACAUUUUAAAUGAAAUCUAUAUCUGUUUCAUUUUAAAUAUGUUGAAUAUUUGAUUUUAAUUUAUUUUUUACAGUAUUUUGGAGUGAUGCUUUUGUCUAAUAUAAACAUAUUUACGCAUGUCACUCACAUUAUAUAUAUAUACACGUUAAAACAUAAGCUCAUAAUGUGUAAUAUCAUAUUUUGU